AUGUCCUCUCAAUCUCCCAAGCUCGAGCAGCUGCUUGUAUCGAAUGGCGGCAGGUGGACGCUGACGGCUGAUGGAGAGGCUUUGGAGCGGAGUUUUAAGUUUAAAAACUUCACAAAGACAUGGGAUUUCAUGACGGCUGUUUCGCUGCAGUGCAAGAUCUGGAAUCAUCAUCCUGAGUGGUCUAAUGUUUAUAACACGACGUUCAUUCGCUGGACAACACAUGUCCCCAAGGGCCUAUCAGACAAGGACAUCGGCCUAGCUACCCUCUGUGAUUCCCUGGCAAAGGAUUUUGGUGAACUCGAGCCGGAGCCGGCAAGUUGCGAGAUGAAAACUUUGGCGGAUGAGGUUGUCAAGGAUGGGAAUUGCUGUGUGAAGAAGUAG